CAAGCAAUCAAAAGUCAAACGGAGAUUUCUGGUGGUGCUGCCCCCGCCCCUCCCCCCGCCGAGCGGGUACUCGGAGACAGGCAGCUGGAGGCGGGUGCUGCAGCCGAACAGGCCUGCAAGACAUUUGUGUGGGGGGUUGAGAUCCAAAGGUGACCCCCCCUGCAGCGCCCAGCGCCUGCUUGGGAAGAAGAGAUCUGCCGCCAGGAGCAGCUGCCCGCCUUCCUUCUGAGGGGCGAUCUCCCCCGCCCCCUAACCAGCCAUGCCCCAUAACACCAUCCGAUCAGGCCUCCCCUGGCCUGCCCGGGGCUGGCUUUGUCUCUCGGCAGGGCACGGCGGGUUGAACCAGCUGGGCGGGGCCUUCGUGAAUGGCCGCCCGCUGCCGGAAGUGGUCAGGCAGCGCAUUGUGGACCUGGCCCACCAGGGCGUGCGGCCCUGCGACAUCUCCCGCCAGCUGCGAGUCAGCCACGGCUGCGUCAGCAAAAUCCUGGGCAGUAGGUACUACGAGACCGGCAGCAUCCGGCCCGGCGUGAUUGGCGGCUCCAAGCCCAAGGUGGCCACCCCCAAGGUGGUGGAGAAGAUCGGGGACUACAAGCGGCAGAACCCCACCAUGUUCGCGUGGGAGAUCCGUGACCGCCUGCUGGCCGAGGGCGUCUGCGACAACGACACCGUGCCCAGCGUCAGCUCCAUUAACAGAAUCAUCCGGACCAAAGUCCAGCAGCCAUUCAACCUCCCGAUGGACAACUGCGUGGCCUCCAAAGCUCUGAGCCCUGGGCACAGCCUGAUCCCCAGCUCGGCCGUGACCCCCCCAGAGUCACCCCAGUCGGACUCGCUGGGCUCCACCUAUUCCAUCAGCGGGCUCCUAGGCAUCGCCCAGGCCAGCAGCGACAGCAAGAGGAAGAUGGACGACAGCGACCCGGAGAGCUGCCGGCUCAGGAUGGACACCCAGAGCAGCGCCAGCGCCGCCCGCAAGCACCUGCGCUCCGAAGCCUUUGGCCAGCCCCCCCUGGAGCCACUGGAGUGCCCCUUCGAGCGGCAGCACUACCCUGAGGCCUACACCUCCCCCAGCCAUGCCAAGGGCGAGCAGGGUCUCUACCCGCUGCCUCUGCUGAGCAGUUCGCUGGACGACGGCAAAGUCGCGCUGACCGCUUCCAACACGCCUCUCGGCCGCGGCCUGGCCGCCCCCCAGCCGUACGCGGCCGUGACAGACCCCCACUCCCCCUUCCUUGUAAAGCAGGAGACCCCCGAGGCCUCCAGCCCGAGCGCCACCCCUUCCUCUUUAUCUAGUGCCGCCUUUUCGGACCUGCAGCCCGGGCCGCCUUUCAGAGCCUUCCCCCACUGCUCCGCCAUCUACGGCCAGUUCCCCGGCCAGGGCCUCGUCCCAGGGCGCGAGAUGGUCGGCUCCACCCUGCCUGGCUACCCCCCGCACAUCCCCACCGGCGGGCAGGGCAGCUACGCCUCCUCCGCCAUCGCUGGCAUGGUGGCAGCAGGCAGUGACUACUCUGCGAACGCCUACAGCCAUUCCCCCUACUCCACCUACGGUGAGGCCUGGCGCUUCCCCAACUCCAGCCUGCUGAGUUCCCCGUAUUAUUACAGCUCUGCCUCGAGGGCCCCUGCGCCCCCUGCCGCUGCCUACGACCACCUGUAGCUGCCAUGGAAGCCGCAGCACAGGACCCCCGGACGGGCCCGGCGCAGCCAGCCAAAGGCAUUGUUAUUUAUUACCUGGCGAGAGCGCACAGCCAGCCCCGACGCCCGCAGGGACGGGGUGACACGGCCACCUGCGGCACCGGCACAACUGCUUUGUGGGGACGUGGGGCGGAGGCAUCUGGG